GCUUGAGGUUUGGUGAGCCCACAGCAGACACAAACGCAGACCGCAUGGCAAGCAAUUGACUGCUUAGCUUUCCUUAUUUAAUUAUAUAAUAUAUUCCAUUUCGAUCAGGAUCCAUCAGCAUUACAUAUAUUAUUGCUUCUGUGUUCACUCCGCCGCCGCGGAGUAUAAUCAGACGCUACUUUUUCGACGGCGUAAUCGCAUCCAUCGCCAAAUUCGCCAUGCCUGUGUUAGACGCUCCAUUUUGGUCCUCGACAAGGUGUGGUAUUCCGCCGUCUUGGUCGAUCAGCGGCGACAUUGCCGACACCAGCUGGGCGUGGCCUGGUAACAGUAACAAUUCAAGAGCUGGUCAAACCAAACAUUUAGCGCUCAAAUCCUCAAAUGCGCUGCCAUUAAACGCUGUUUCUCUGCAGCCGGGUUUAUCCGGGAAUCUCUUGACAGAAGAUCAUGUUAAGACCGAAGUGGAGAAAAAAAAUUUUCCCUUCUCAGCACUGGAGAAAGAACCUACCCUCAGCAUUAUCAUUGUCGGAGCUACAGGAAACCUUGCUAGGAACAAAAUAUUCCCUGCACUUUUCGCUCUAUUUCACGAAGAUCACCUCCCUCAGAAUUUUACAAUCUUUGGGUAUGCACGGAGUACAAUGACUGACGCUGAGCUGAGAAAUGUGAUUAGCAAAACCUUGACUUGCAGAAUUGAGAAGAGGGAAAACUGUAGUGAAAAGAUGCACCUCUUCUUACAAAAAUGUUUUUACCAUUCGGGUCAGUAUAGUUCCAAGGAGCAUUUCUCAGAAUUGGACAUCAAGCUGAAAGAAAAAGAGGCUGGAAGGCUGUCAAAUAGGUUGUUCUACCUAUCAAUACCUCCAAACAUGUUUGUAGAUGUGGCAAGGUGUGCAGGACACUCUGCUUUUUCAGAAAAAGGUUGGACAAGGAUCAUUGUGGGAAAACCAUUUGGUCGUGACUCAGAAUCAGGCAGACAACUUACCAGAAAUUUAAAGCAAUAUCUAAUUGAGGACCAACUAUUCAGAAUUGAUCAUCACAUGGGAGGGGAGCUGGUUGAGAAUCUAUUGGUGCUUCGUUUCGCAAAUAUGGUUUUUGAGCCUUUAUGGUCAAGGAAUUUCAUCCAAAAUGUGCAGCUGAUAUUUUCUGAAGACAAUGGGACAGAAGGACAAGGCCACUUUGUUCAAUACUUCAAUAAUUAUGGAAUUAUACGGGAUAUAAUGCAAAAUCAUCUCCUGCAAAUUCUGGCACUCUUUGCAAUGGAAACACCUGUCAGCUUAGAUGCUGAGGAUAUUCGAAACGAAAUGGUAAAGGUUUUACGCUCGAUGAGACCUAUUCAGCUUGAUGAUGUGGUUCUAGGUCAGUACAAAGGCUAUAGCGAGGGUGAUACAAGAUACCCUUCUUAUACAGAUGACCCAACUGUGCCUGAGAACAGCCUCACACCAACAUUUGCAGCAGCUACAUUCUUUGUUAACAAUUCUCGAUGGGAUGGAGUUCCCUUCCUGAUGAUAGCAGGCAAAGCUCUCCAUUCAAAGCGAGCAGAAAUAAGAGUGCAGUUCAGGCAUGUCCCCGGAAACUUGUAUAAUAGAAAAUAUGGAACUGAUCUAGAUAAGGCUACAAAUGAACUUGUGCUGUGUGUGCAACCCGAGGAAGCUAUAUACCUGAAGGUCAACAACAAAGUUCCUGGGCUUGGCAUGAGAUUAGAUUGCAGUGAGCUCAAUUUGCUUCACAAACCAAGGCAUCCUGGAGAAGCACCAAAUGCAUACGAGAGGCUGCUGUUGGAUGUAAUUGAAGGAGAGCGCCGGUUGUUCAUUAGAAGCGAUCAGCUUGAUGCUGCCUGGGAUCUAUUCACACCAUUGUUGAAGGAAUUGGAAGAGAAGAAAGUUGCCCCAGAGCUCUACCCGUAUGGUAGUAGAGGACCUGUUGGAGUGCAUUAUCUUGCUGCCAAGUACGAUGUUUGUUGGGAUUCAUAAGUAGAAGGGACCUAGGUCCAAAAUUUUGCACAACAAUUUCAUAAUUUAAAUCAAAAUGCUUGAGUUCAUUUUUCCGAUGCUUGAUGAUUAUGUAUGUUUUUGUUGGACCA